GAACCCUAAUCCUAACUUUCUCAUCACCGCCGUUGGUUACAGCCUCUCUCUCUCCGGCUCAAUUUUGCUUCCAGUCCACAUCCACUGUCUCUGCCGCUUCACUCUCCAGGAGUCAAGAAAUUCGGGUCGAAAUGAGGGGAAGGAGUUACAGUCCCUCGCCACCAAGGGGCUAUGGCCGAAGGGGGCGGAGCCCUAGCCCAAGAGGCCGUUAUGGUGGUCGUGGUGGUGCUAGAGAUCUCCCGACUAGUCUUCUAGUUCGCAACCUUCGUCAUGAUUGCAGGGGUGAAGACCUUCGAAGGCCAUUUGGGCAGUUUGGUCCUCUUAAGGAUAUUUACUUGCCCAGGGAUUAUUAUACUGGGGAACCGAGGGGCUUUGGUUUUGUCCAAUAUGUGGACCCUGCUGAUGCUGCAGAAGCUAAAUAUCAAAUGGAUGGUCAGAUUCUUCAUGGCCGGGAGUUGACUGUUGUAUUUGCGGAGGAGAAUAGGAAGAAACCUUCUGAUAUGAGGGCAAGAGAGCGUGGAAGGGGUCGAUUUUAUGAUCGAAGAAGGUCUCCCCUUCGUUAUUCCCGAUCCCCACCGCCACGGCACGCAAGAUCUCCGUCCCGUGGACGUGAUUAUUAUUCCCCUUCACCUAAGCGGCGACAGUACUCAAGGUCUGUUUCCCCACAAGAUAGGAGGUACAGUCGAGAUAGGUCAUACACGCCUGAUGGUAGGGGGAGGUCAUACACCCGUUCACCACCCUACAAUGGUUCUAGGAGCCGCAGCCAGAGCCCAAUAAGGGGUGAAAGUCCGAGCAGGCUCCAAAGCCGUAGCCCAGAUCCUGAAGAUUACCCACGAAAAGCAGUGAGAGAUAAGUCUCCCAGUGAGUGAGAACUCAAAACAAUUGUAGUGUUACUAAUAUUAGAGAGAGAUUUCAUUUGCAGUUUAGUUUUACUUUGGUCUUGGUGGUUGUGGUCUACUGUGCUUAGAAGAAUUCCAGUACUCAGAAAGUAAUAUGAACAUAUUGACUGACCCUAGAAAAAUUUGUGGGUGCUAUAGCCAAUUUUCUUGCUUUCCAAACAGGUUACCAUUGAGAAAGUAUGAAGAACAUGGCAUCUUCAUAUGUGCCAAGGCUCAAGGUUAUACCAACUGUGAGAGAUGGAUCUCAGACUCAUUGAACUAGUUGAAAAUGAUAUUGGCUUUCCUAGAAAUGAUUGUGGUAAUGACCGGUAUUGAGAUUGUUUACUUUAGAUUCCAUACAAAGCUUAUGAGGAUUCAACUAGUUUAACAUAAAAAAAUGUUCCUAAAAGUACCUUUGUUGAUAUCGAACAGAAAAGUGGUGAUCACUCAUUAAUAGAUGAACAGCUCUCUUAUUUUGUAA